CGUCGCGAUCGACGACACGCCCCCACGGGCCAAGAUUAGGCCGACGGUCGGAGAGGGUACGCGAACCACGAGCAACUACCGACGCUUAACGGAGGAUGAGAUACAAAGGCGAAGGGAAAAAGGCUUGUGUUUUACUUGCAACGAGAAAUUUACGCCAGGCCACAAGUGCAAAGGAAAAGAAAUUUUCGUGUUGGAAAUUGAGGAGGGACAAGAGGAAGAAAAACCGCAGGAGGAGUCUUGGUUGCACAUGGUGAAGUGCAACAAGCGUGGGCCUAGGAUGAUCAAAUUCACGGCCGAGGUGAAAGACACGUUGUUAGAGGUUCUGGUGGACAGUGGGUCAAGCUUAAACUUAGUCGACGAAAAGAUAGCCCAAAAGCUGAAGCUAGAGCCCACGAAGGUCAAGAAGUUUGGUGUCAAGGUGGCCAAUGGACACGAGCUGCAAGGAAGUCAACUAUUCAAAAAGGUCCCGAUAAUGGCACAAGAUCACGAGCUGGAGAUUGAUCUUUAUGCCUUACCACUUAAGGCAACCGAUAUUGUGCUCGGA